AUGAAAACGCCCGUACCUCACCUUUCAGCUGACGCGCCGGACUCCGACAGGAAGGAUUUGUUAUCAGAGCUUGAAGUGAUGAAGGCGUUGAAGCCUCAUCCACACGUCAUUAAACUACUGGGAUGCGUCACCGAAUCUGGUAGGCUAUGUUUAAAGUAAGCUGUCUUUUGAAACCAACUAUUAUGCUGCAAGUAAAGAGUCACUCUAGUCAUUUUAAUUUUGCCCUUUUCAGGCUGUGUCAAGUCUCUUUGCCUGUGAAUGACUAAAUGAAUACGUCGUUUUCUCUUCAGAGCCCUUGUUAGUCUUGAUCGAGUACGUUCCGUACGGGGAUCUUCUGGGUUACUUGAGAAAGAGCCGUGGAUUAAAUGACACUUAUUUCAAAGACCCAGAUAUCAAACCACAAACAAGUCUGACGUCACAGCAGUUGAUGAAGUUUUCUUGGCAAGUUGCUGAUGGAAUGAGUUAUCUUUCAUCGAGAUCUGUAAGCUAA